GGUUCACCUUGGACAAUUAAAUUACAUAGAAGGAACUUCAAACUGAUAAUCGUCUCCGUUGGCUCUGCGUUCUUCACUUCUUCGAGCGCGAUAUCCCCAUCUCCCAUUCUCCUGGCUUUUUUGUUGUUCGACGAAGUGAGGGGACUCUAGUUCCACUAACACUGUAACAGCCAUGGAGCUUGCGGAUGAAGGUGUCGAAAUAACGGUUGAUUCAAAGGAUAUGCAGCAACAGAGCAAAGCCCUAGACAAGCUCACCGAUCAUGUCGAAGAUCGUCAACUAGACUCCACCAGGGUCCAAGAGGCUAUGGCAUCAAUUGCUGCAUCUGCUGAAGCUGAUAGGCAUGCGAUGAGAAUGAGGGAGAAGGAAUUGGCUGCUGUUAAAAUCAAUGCUGCAGAUGUAGACAUUAUUGCAAAUGAGCUAGAGUUGGACAAGAAGGUGGCUGAAAGAACACUGCGGGAGCACAAAGGUGAUGCUGUUGCUGCCAUCCGUUACCUUCUUCGCUAAGAAGCUACUAGCCAUAGAUCCCUGUGAAAUUUUUUUUUAUUUUUUUAAAUAGAUAUUUGUUUGACACAAGUUUUGAAAUUUCAGAUUGCAAUCCCAUUCUGAUUUUGGUCAAAACUGAAAUAUUUCGGUGGAAUAUUUUUCUCUUUUGCAAAUUUUGAUCCAUUUCGACACUGCAA